AUGACCCAGAGCUCCAACCCACAUCCCCCACGAGGCCCCCAAUCGCCGGAAUCACAGAGCCUCGAAACUCCCGACGGGCGCAUCGCGCAUACCCUAACCGCCUGCACGAGGUGUCGACAGCGAAAGUCAAGAUGUGACCCCGGGAUCCCUCGAUGCGCGCCGUGCGAACGAAGCAACGCCAAAUGCGUAUACUACGACUCAACUCGAGACGCCACUAUCCCGCGGACGUAUAUUGUGUCGCUCCGAGAGAAAGCUCGGGCCCUGGAAAGGGAGCUUGCGGGAGCCGAGAAGGAUAUUCAACAUGCCGCCGACGCCGAGUUAAUGGUGCGGGGUGCGGGGCGCAUUCGAUUCAAGGAGAACGAUGAGCCUCGAUAUCUCGGGGCUUCGAGCGGUAUUGCCAUGACGCGUCUGGUCAUGGAAAUGGCCAAGCAAAACACCGACUCCAAGAGCAUCAAAGAUGUCGUCCCCGACUUGACCGCCCAGGAGAUCAAGGCGGCGUUUGCACAGGAAGACUCGAAGCCGACCUCCAAGAUCUAUCCCAUGAUCAGCUCCAUCCCACAGCCCAAUCUACCCCCGCAGAACUUGACUUAUAAGUUGAUUGAUCUUUUCGUGGCCAAAUCACAAGCAUUACUUCCGACUUUGCAUGAGCCCACGUUCCGACAAGAAGUGGAAGAAGUAUUUAGUGGCUCCAGCGACCCCUGCCAGAACUUCCAACUGCGAAUGGUCAUCGCCAUUAGCAUGCAAAAACUCAGCACGGACUAUGCGGGCCUGGCGGAUAGCUAUUACCUAGCUGCCCUGCCCUUCUUGGAGCCUACAUUGAAACGAAUGGACCUGAGGGCCUUGCAAUGCCUAGUGCUAAUCGCUCAAUAUUCAAUGCUAACCCCUACCCGUACGGCGGCAUACUGGGUCGUUGGGAUGGCCUUCAAGCUCUGCCAAGAUUUGGGACUUACAGAAGAAGCCACUGUCACCAAAUCUCCGCACGGGGAGCCCUUGAAUCCAUUGGAGGUCGAUAUGCGCCGAAGAUUAUUUUGGAUUGUUUCAUCUAUGGAAUUCGGACUUUCCCACAGCUUGGGCCGUUCCAGCUGUUAUAGCGUCACCCAUGACAAUAUCAGCGUGAAGUUCUUUGAGCUGGUGGAUGACCGUUACAUUACGGCCAAGGGAAUCAUUCCAGGGGCAAAGCCGGUUCUGCCCAAAUGCAUUGCGGUGCACUUCUUCAAGAUGCGUCUGCUCCAGUUGGAAGCUAGGCGAACACUGUACUUGAAUCGGCGCGAGACCCCGGUCCAUGACCAGGAUCCUUGGUUUUCCCAGAUGUUGGCCAAACUCGAUCAUUGGGUGGCAACUUGUCCCAAGAAUGACGAUGGCAGCGGGCUGAAUGUGAAAUGGUUCCAGGGCAGGCGAAAUACAAUCAUCAUUCUCAUGUACCGGCCAUCGCCUCAAAUACCCGAGCCGUCUGUUUAUGCCGCCAAGAUGUGUUACGAAGCAUCCGUUUUCAAUGUCGCCAUGCAUCGGGAACAAAUGGUCACCGGGUCCGUUGAUCUAACCUGGAUAUUUACUCAGUCGGUUUUCAUGGUUUUGAACACGGUGUUAUGGACCCUCUCCUAUCCCGAAAUCCGAAAAGAACACCCUAUUGAGGAGGUCCAGAGCCACCUGGACCUGGCUCUUGAAGUAAUUGUCUUUGCGGCCGAACGAUGGCCGGGUGUUGAGUCUGCCUUGCUCCUCUACAAACGCCUUGUUGCGGCUUGUCUUAAGGCGUACAGUACCGAGGAAUCGUUCGUUGUGCAGUCGCCUUCGAAUCACCCGACGCCAACCUCCUCGCAAGAUUUCAUGACCCCGCCAGUGAUUUCCAGUCCGUCGAGCGCAACAAACACCUCCUUCUAUUCUCAGAACCAGCGAGCCGGCAAUUUUUCAGUAGGAGACAGCGCCUCAACCGGCACGUUCUCGCGAGGACAUUCGGUCGAUCCUAGCGUCCCCUUUUCACAAGAACCCACUCCUCCCGCAGUAGCUCCCGAAUCGGUGGAGCCAACACAAAUUCCCGCGGCCGGCCCUAUGUUCGAUAUUCCGCAAUCAUCUGCCGCUCCCGCUACGGCGCCCCAAUACGAUUCACAGGGUUAUUGUGCGCCGGCCGCACUCUACCCUGACUCAAUCAAUCCCGAUACCCCGUAUAAUACGAUGCCCUCGGUGGUUCCUGGCCUACAGGGUUGGGAUCCGCAUUUCUCACUUGCCUCGACGACGGCGAGCCAUCUGGCCUACAUCGACGCCACCGUCGAUCCUAUGCAAUGGACGACUACCCUUGGAGAUCAAUACUCUCAAUACUUCAACGAGCCCUUCCCAGUGCCUCCCUGGCGUGAACGCACACUCAGUCAACAGGAGCAGAUUGAGCUGAUGGCAUCCCUUGAACACGAUAUCCCGGAUGUGUCCGCCCAGUUGGUGCACGAGUCCAAUGCCUUUUAUCAGUCAUGA